CAAAUAUAAAUGCCUCUCUCUAACCAUUGUCUCCUUCGUUUCUCCGUUCCGCAAACACACACCCAAACGCGGCCUUAAUUCAAUUACCUGAAUGCAAACAAGAAGAAAUUAGAAGAAACAUGAGAAGGCCAUUGAGACACAGACAAGUGAGCAGCCAUCACAAGAAGAAGAAGAAGCACGACCUCUUGGACGCUCUUCCAGACGACGUCGUCGUUUCAAUUCUCUCUAAGCUCACCUCCACUGCCUCUUCUCCUUGCGAUCUAAUCAACGUUCUUUCCACAUGCAAGAGAUUGAACCGUUUAGGCCUGAACCGUGUCGUUUUAUCCAAAGCUGGUCCAAAACUAUUCGCCAUUAAAGCCAAAAACUGGUCGGAAUCAGCUCACCGGUUUCUCAGAAACUGCGUUAACGCCGGAAACCUCCACGCAUCCUACACUCUCGGAAUGAUCCGAUUUUACUGUUUGGAAAACAGGGAGAGCGGGUUAUCGUUGAUGGCGAAGGCUGCGAUGAAAUCUCACGCGCCGGCUCUGUACUCUUUGGCGGUUAUACAGUUCAACGGCAGCGGAGGCACGAAGGGCGACAAGGACCUACGCGCGGGCGUGGCGCUGUGCGCACGCGCCUCGCUUCUCGGUCACAUUGACGCGCUCAGAGAGCUCGGACACUGCCUCCAAGACGGUUACGGCGUUCGCCAGAACGUCGCAGAGGGAAGGAAGCUCCUCGUCCAGGCAAACGCGCGAGAGCUCGCGUUCGUGUUACGCGCCGUGGCGCGGUCUUCCUCUUCGGCGUCGUUGCUGACGUGGCGAAACACGCUGAGCAACCAUUCGUCGUCGGCGGCGUCGGUUUCGUCUGCAGUGUGUCCGUUGCUUAGUGAUUACGGUUACAGUGUUGCGGUUCCCGAGGUUCAACCGGCGAAUUGGUUUCUGAGAGAGUGGUUUGAAUCGGGUCGGGGAAGAUUGGGAAACGGUUUGAGGCUUUGCGCGCACAUCGGGUGCGGUCGACCCGAGACCCGGCCUCACGAAUUUCGAAGGUGUUCGGUUUGCGGUAAGGUGAAUUACUGCUCGAGAGGGUGUCAGGCGUUGGAUUGGAAGCUGCGGCAUAAGAUGGAGUGUUCGCCCGCGGAGAUUUGGCCGUUGGAGGAGGACGGUGGUGGUGCGGUUGUUGUUGGUGGCGGUGGCGGCGAUGGAGUGGGAAACGACGUGGACGUGAGAAACGGCGUCGUUUGAGGUAUAAUACACUAAUCCGAAUAGGUGAAAAAUAGAAAAAAAAAAAAGAAAAAAGAAAAGGGAUUCGAUGAGUUUAAAAAUGGAGAUUAGUACGUUCCAGAAAUGAUUAUGUGUACAGUGACAGAAUGGGAAGGUUUUUGCCUAUUUUGGAGGCUUUGAGAGGAUUCCUUUGAAAAAUCUGAAUACUGAUUAGAUGCUAAUAGUACAUUUUAAACAUGUUUUUUAAUUGUUUUUUUAGUCUUAAUUAACGACGUAGUGAUGAUUUAGAUUACCCCAGGCUAUAUUUUCUUAUACAAAAUGUCGUACUAAUUAAAACGAGUUACACAAUUAACACUUAAAAGGUUUAGUAAUUUUCUAACUUAAAAAUUUUAUUACAGUUAAAAUUCAGUGUAUUUAGAAUGGAGGGUAUGCUGCUUUUCU